GGAAGUGUCAGAAGUACUUUUUCGUACAUUUGGAUUAAUUUCCAUUUCCAUAAAUGUAUUUCAAAAUUUUAUUAAACAAUUAUGUAUAAUCCUAGUUUGUUACAUGCAUUUCACUGGAAUGAUUAUCCAUCCUAGCGCAAUUGUUUUGGUACAAGUAGCAUAUUUUGCUACAGCUUUGAGCAACAAAGGAAUUUGUAAGAGAAAUGCCACCAUGCAGUGUUGUUCAAAUUACUUCCAAGUCGGUAACUCGUGUCGUGAAUGCCCACCAGGAUUCCAUGGCUGGAAUUGUUCUCAUCCUUGUCCCGGGGAGUAUUAUGGACCAGCUUGUAAUCGUAAAUGCGAAUGCUCAAUAAAGGAUUGUGAUCCUAAAAUUGGCUGUUUAAACCAUAGAGUGUCGACAUUGCAUAAUGCAGAUUACAUUAGAUAUACAGAGACGAUCGAAUAUCAAGAUAAUCCAGAUAACUCGAAUGAUGUAAUGUUGUCGACCAGGACAAUUAUCAUUUUGCUGGGAAUAGGUACAUCAAGUGCACUUGCCUUUGCCAUAAUACUUGAGAUACGUAACUAUUUUCAUGAACCAGUGCGCCCAAGUCAGUUCACAGGAGAUGUAUAUGCCGCAGUAAAUGACGUUUGUAUCGAUGAUAACAAUGAAACACUGUCCGACUUGGACUCUAACAAUGACUAAUGGCAAUAAGGAUCCUUGUGGGUCUACAGAGGAAAUGUUAGUUCUUCUUUCUUGAAGAAUGGAUAUCAAAAUGAUGUACGUUAAUGUGAAUCCAAGAUCGAUCAACAUUUGUGAAUAUAAAAAAAAAUCUCUUUUAGCAUCGGUGUUACUUUACUUGAAUCUUCUUAAAUGC